GCUGGAGGACUUUUGAACUCGUCGGCUUCCGUAGCGGGCGCCAACAUGGCGGCGGCGGCGCUGCAGAAGCUGGGUGCGCUGUGGGGUCGGCAGCUGAGAAGCGGGGGAGCGCUGGCCUCGCGGCUUUUUUCAUCUCCUGGUGUUCUGUCACCAUCAUGUAUCCACACAAGUGCUUCUUUUGACACUUCUCGAAAAUGGGAGAAAAAGAAUAAGAUUGUUUAUCCACCACAACUGCCUGGUGAGCCUCGAAGACCAGCAGAAAUUUACCACUGUCGAAGACAGAUAAAAUACAGCAAGGACAAGAUGUGGUAUUUGGCGAGAUUGAUACGAGGAAUGUCCAUCGACCAGGCUUUGGCUCAGUUGGAGUUCAGUGAUAAAAAGGGGGCUCAAAUAAUUAAAGAGGUUCUUUUAGAAGCACAAGACAUGGCUGUGAGAGAUCAUAAUGUGGAAUUCCGAUCCAAUCUGUAUGUAGCUGAGUCCACCUCAGGGAGAGGCCAGUACCUGAAACGCAUCCGCUACCAUGGCAGAGGUCGCUUUGGCAUCAUGGAGAAGGUUUAUUGCCAUUACUUUGUAAAGCUGGUGGAAGGACCCCCACCGCCACCCGUGGCGCCCAAGACAGCGGUUGACCAUGCCAGGGAGUACAUUCAGCAGCUCCGCAGCCGGACCAUCAUUCACACUCUAUGAUGGGGUUCUUGUCCUUAUUUUGUAUAUGUACAUAUUUUGCAUUUAUUUUCAAAAAUAAAAAUUAGCCGGGUGUGGUGGUGCACACCUUAAUCUUAGCACUCAAUAGGCAGAAAUAGGAGGAUUACCAUGAGUUUGAGGCCACCCUGAGACUACGUAAUAAAUUCCAGGUCACUGGGAUAGAGCGAGACCCUACCUCAAAAAACCAAAAAUAAAUAAAUUAAAAUUAAAGACAAUUUUUUAUGCUUUGCCCUUGAAUUACUAAAACAUGAUACAUAACUGUAAGCUCUGUAUGAAACUUGUAUAUAAGGCCUUGCUAAUCAUCUCUUGAGCCCAUCCAUAGUUAGGUUUCUGUGUGUCCACAACUUGGCAAAUGAAAUCAUUCUUAAAUGUUGGGACAGACUAUAA